GCAAGUCCUCCAGAACCCAGAUACUCGUACCAACCCUCAAUUUCGGCCGCGACACACAUCCUGCAUAUGCUUGCAAUCGACCAUCAUUCGACUUGAGACCGCGACCGAGACCCUCACAUGGCUAUGGAUGAGAAAUGGCGGUUCAUGCCAACAAGGGCCACAUCAGAUUACAUCAACCGCGUAGGCCUCAUCACAAGUUUCUCUUGCUGCGGCUUGGCGUGUCUUGUUCUACUUUGGGCCACGGCUCUUUGGCUCGAUAAGCGCACAAGGCAUGUGCUGGAGCGCAAGUCAUCACAGAUGCUAUUAGCCUGUGUCUUCGCCUCUGCUAUCUAUGGGGGUCUAUACGCUCUCACAAAUUUGGAAUCUGGCUCUUUUGCUUGCCGAUUCGAAAUGUUCUUUGUCAUCUUGGCCUUUGAAUUCAUGAAUUGGCUACAGCUUUGCAUCAGUCUCAACCUCAUCAUGGCGCUUUAUUGUCCUGGUGUCUACCGGUACAAUGUUCAUCUUGCGUUUUACGCCAGCUCGUUUUUUGUUGCGCUCGGCUUGGCUAUUGGUCCUCUCGUUGCAAAUGUCUACAGAUGGAGCCCUGUCACCAAUUCUUGCUGGCUGACCUCAGAGGCUGCCGAAGCUGGAGACUUUGACUAUUGGCAGCUUGCCGUCAUUGAGAUUCCGCUUUUGCUAGGCACCAUUGUUAUGACUGUGAGUUUGAUCAUGGUAGCCUAUCGUUUCUUUUGGGACAAAAAGCACGAAGGUACUGCACCCGAGAUGCUCAAUCAAUUGUUCGAGCCCGCUGUGGCCAAUGACAACUUCGACGUCCACGCUUCUGCGGAAGGAACAGUUAGCAGUCGCUUUCAAAUCACCGAGAUAAUUGCCCCUCCAGGCAUGAACAUCUCGCCGCUCAUGGCCAGCCACCACCCUCAUCGUCCCAGCGAGUCAAUCUUCAGUGGAUUCAGUCAGGCAUCCACCAACAGUCGUGGUCGAGCAAUGAAAAUGCCACGUCUGGGCAACAUUACAGAAGAAGACCGCAAAGUCCGUGUGGCACGCUUGCCAGUCACACCAAAUUUUGGACAAAAUCCAGUCACUGAAAGUUCGCAAGAGCUUCGCAAGACUGUUUGGCGCAUAGCUAUCUACCCUGUAUUGCAUCUCAUCUUGGCUACAUCAGGAGCUGUCGGACAACUCAUGCUUCAAGCCUCGGAGAACAGAUCUGAGGCUUACCAGACUCGACUCUUCCUUUUGAUCUCACAGCUAUCCGCUUGGGUCCCACUGGCAUACAUUCUGCCAGCCUUGUUCGCUGACACGAGUCUCAUUGAUGGAUUGCGAGAAUGGAUUCGCCUUCGUCGCGAAAUCGGGGAGCCUGAUCUUGAGGUUGCCCUUGGCAAGAAUGCGCACCUCGAAGUUGAGUGCGAUGUGAUUACGAUCACGCACGGCAAGUCUGAGACUCGAAGCAUUCGGCUUGAUGAUUGGAGCCAAUCUUUGCACGAGCAAGAGAAGAAACCAUGAAUUACAUUUACCUUUGCAAAUCAAUUAGCGUCAGCAUUUGUAUUCAAGCAUGUAGAAACCAUCGAUAGUGUACGAGAUUACUAAAGACUACCU